AUGGCAUCAUCUUCAAACUCGCACAGACGUCCGCGACUUACCACCGACGAGAAUUCCUCAUCCAACAUCAACGUUUCUCCUUCUAUUGCUUGCGGUGGCGCUUCCAUAAUUGAUGACCAGAUACCGCGACUGAGUCCCGACGCCGUGCGCUGCAAGUUUGCACUUUACGGUCGCCAGCAUGCACAUGUGGACCAUUUUUCAAGCGUUGAACAUGAAACAAAAGAAGUUUUACAGAGUACGAUGGUAUUGCAAGAAGACGGUCGUUUAGCAGCCAAGUUGGACCACGUGUCGUACCUGCUUGACGGAUUAUUAGAAUCUUGUCACGCACCCAGAAUGCACCAUGCGCAAACUCGAAGCCUUCUCGAGCUGUUACAUUUGAUACAAGAACCACAGAUCCUUCAAAUAAUUUCGCUGUCAAGAGUGAGAGGUCAAAUGAAAAAGCUGCUGCUUUUCAGACUCACAACGGCGCCUGAAGAAGAGACGGCUCGACUCUCGAUGGCCGUAUUGGUCUAUUUUUUGUCACAUUGUGCUGCUGAGGACUAUUUUGACAAUCAAGUGCUGACUGCAAUCGUACAUGCUUUGAAGCAGGAGAUACAAGGAGAAAGAGACGAGAAGAAAGAUACGAUAGUGUCACACACGAGAACAUCGGUGAAAAGAUGCUUGAAGAGAAAACAGAUUGACGAAAAGGUGACACUUUUAAGGUCAACUUACGAAGUGUCAACGAUGCAGGAUAUGGAUGCAAUGUGUCGGAUGAAGUUGGAGAAGCUUUUGCAAGAUCACGAGGUAUUUCAUGCUGGAGAAGAGUUGCACGUUUCGGUAAUUAGUGCGCUCUGUGCCUCCCUGCUUAAGUUACUGCAACCAAAUGCAAGUGCUUUGUUUAACUUAAUGCCACCACAUAGGCAGCAAUCAAGUGACGUUGUUGGCAUUUUUGAAAGAAAGUGUCUGCUGAUGCGGACUGGAGGGCUCAAUAUAUUGACCUAUGAACUCAUCAGACAAGUUCAAGGGCUCAAGAAUGUGCUAUCAACGACAGUAGCGAACGACGUGGGAAAACAGAACAUGCGCUCGUUGCAUAUUGUUAAUUUGGUGCUUAAUUUAUUGGGUCAAGCAGCAUGUCAAGCAGUGGAUGUGAAGCACUACUUGUCAAAACAGCAAAAUCUGUUUUUCGUGUUACUACAACUCGUUAAGCUACUGAGUGAUCUGAGCUGGUAUAUGCAAGCACAGAGGAUGUGGAACGCUGCGCCAUCGAGCCUAUCGUUAGCAGUCGAAGUUUUGCUGUCAACUAUACGUGUGCUUAUCAAUUUGACGCAUCAUGAAAGCGAGGCAGCGAGUAAUAUACAUGCACUUGACGGUAUGCAGAUUUUAGUAAGUGCAUUUUCAAGCCUAUGUAAAGCUGCAUCAGCGGAGGAGUCAUGGAUGCAGAAAAGUUGGGGCUUCGACGCGUGCUUGUUGCUGCUAAGUGUGCUUGUGAACUGCAUCGAAUUUAGCGAAGAGAACCGCGUUGCAUUGGCCGAAGUAUCUGUGUGCCGGAUUGAAGGUACUAAUCUGGCAGAACAUAGUGCUUGUGCUCUCUUUGUGGAGUUUUUCCUGUCUAAAGUUCAGUCGUUUAAGCAUUUGAUUGAAGGAAGUGAAGCUCAAGUAAUCCUUAUUGACGAAGACGACGACUGGAAUCCAGAAGAUGUAAUUCUCGGAGGGUGUACAUCGCUUUUAUUGGGUCUUUUAAUGAAAGAUUCGGCUGCAAACGGUGCAUCUAUUUUGAAACUAAUGCCUGGUAGUUCAUCUCGGUUGCUGCUGUGUGCUCUUCGAGUAUAUGUUGCAUUUCACUCACAGAUUAAUGCGCUCACUCCCGACCUUGUGGAGUCUGUGUUAAUGAUUGAGAAGAUAUUGAAAUCGUUUGAGGGGUCAGAUCAGCGUGACCUGUUGGAGUCAGUGACUGUGACGAACAAAGUUACGAGUGUCGAUCUCCGAGCUUCGAAAGCUGCAAGAAGCAAUGUUCCUCGUCUUAAUCGUGCUCAACCACUGAAAAAUGUUUGCUCGUUGCUUGAUGACUCGGAUGAUGACUUUCAGUCUCACAUCCAAUCGCUCGCUUCAGCCUCCGACCCAUUAAGCACAAAAGAAACAUUUGGAAAGUCUAUGAUACAGAAAUCAUUCGUAUCGGUGCCAGAUAGAAAGGAUGCUUGCCGAUCUUCGCCCAUUGCAAUUCGUCCGAAUGAUUCCAUAUCAUCGUCUAGUGUGGUACGGCUUUUAAAGCGAACUCGUCAACUUGUCGAAGAGUUUGACACACAAUUCGCGAGUUCAAAUCUUUAUAAAAAGCGUGAUGUCAGCGAGAAAAGAGCUACUGCCACCGAGGUCACUGGGUCAUUAAGUACGGUCGUGACGAUGAAUGUGACUUGUCGUGAUAAUGGCAAUGACGAUCUGCAUAUUUCUCAAGAUAUUACAGGCACAAACGUGGAAACAAUUGGUACCACUAAGGUUGAUGUUGACCAGAAAAUUAAUUCUGCGAUGCCGUGGAAGCGCAAAAAGAAGUCCAUCUGUAAUACGACGACGGAUGCAGUCUUGCAACAAACGACUAUGUUUGAUAUCAUUUCUGGUUCGCCACCACCGACGCCUCUGCGCAUUAAACAGAGCAAAGAGCUACUGGAAACGCCUACGAGAUCUAAACUCACUUUUGAUCUAUUUCGUCGAUCGCCUUCACUCAAUCUGACGCCCAAGAAAUUAUCUCCUGCGACUCCAGUGUGGACACGACGGGCAUCGGGACUGUUGCAGACUUCAAAGGAAAAGAAUGAAUCAACACUUCAAAAAGAUUCGCUGGUAUCAGUGAUUCAGCGCCAACGUAAGGUCAAAACUGGUCUCUUUCCUACUUCGAUAUGCAACAGCUCCGUUUUUGACUUCACGGAUUAA